AUGCUAAAGAAAUGUAAACAUGAUCUAUCAAGUAACCGACACAGACAGAAAGUCAUGAAAUAUUAAAAAAACUAAGAAGAAAAGUGAAAAUGUUACAAUGCCCAAGCAGUUUAAAAUAAAUGAAUUUCAAAACGGAAUCAUUUCUCAAGCCUUCUAGUUACUAUAAAUACAGAGGUGAUAAUCUUCAACAUUCGGUUGUCAAUAAUAACGAAACUCAAUGACGAAAUUCAAGAGUAGUGGCACUUAGCACCCAUGCUCGUUUACAAUUCAAUUCAUCCAUGAGCUCGCUCCUAGGAGCCUUUGAUUUUACGAGGACACAUUGCGUGCAUAUCAUCCACGGGAAGCAGAGGAGUUGUUUGUGACCUUGAUUGUUGAUUGUCGUUAAUUUUACAGUUGAUACCGCGCAUCGCCUUUGUUUUUAUACUGUACUGAUCGAGCAAAUCGUCAUUCGAUCAACUUAUAAACCUGGUAAUAUACGGUAAAAUUCCGAAAAUAAGCCCCUCCAAAUAUAAGCCCCCCAAACUUGUAAAUUUAGGGGUCUUAGCUUUCGUAAUUUCGAAAGCAAAGAUCUCUCUUAGUUUUCGUUAUUACUGGCAUCUUUUGUCGCGAUUUUCACUUAACACUACUGUGUUCUGGUCUUUUCUAAAAGAUCUAUUAAGUAAGUAAUCGAUUUCGGCGUUGUUCAGAUCGGUUGAUACACUCCUAUUCGAUCGAUCUGAUUGGUAUAUAAUUUGUAAAAAAAAAAAAGACUGUUAGCUUUAUGGCAUUUCUUAUUUGCUUUUUCUAUUAUUAUUUCUUUUGGGGCUUUUUAGUUGGUGGAUAUGUUGCAGGACAUUUGACCAAUACAAAAGGUUUAGUGGAAAAGGGUCUUCACUAUGGGACCACCAUGGGUGCAUUAAACGCGGUAAUAGAUGCCACAAAACAAGUCUUAGUCAUCAAUGGUGAGUAUGAAAAACACAAAACUGUGAUCAGUAACCUUCAGGCUGAACUCGACCGAUUAGCUCCAGAGAUCAGAGAAAAAGCGAGAAAGGUUGAUGACAAGGCUGAAGCAAUGAAAGAUUUGAAAGUGUGACUAGGACAAAGUAACUUUAAAAAGAUUUGCACCUCGUUCAAACUAACUCUUAUACACUUUUCAACAAUCAUGUACGUUCAGCAUUAAACAGGUUCAGUUCAUAUAAAAAUUUCCUGCAGCUGAACUUACUUAACCUAAAACAGCCAUAGGAUUUUAAGCUAUUUGAAUCCCAUCUUUCGCCUGUAAAGAUCUUUUAGACAAAAGUAUGAAAUUCACAUUACGAAGUAUUUAACUAUAAGAGUUGGUAUGUGAACAAGGCAUCACUGAGUCUAUAACGGUUCGCACUAGUGUAGCUAGAUUUUAAGUAACAGCACAGGACACAUUGUCUUUGCAAUUUUCUGAAAACAAAAAUAAUCGUUUUAAAAAUGAUAAGAAAAUUAAAUCGUAGCUUUCAGCUGUUUCAGUAGGGACUUUCAGUGAUAUAAAGUCCAAAGAUAACUGAUUUGUCUGUCUUUGAACCCGUUUUUCUUCUUCUUUGUUUUUUUUUUUUUUUAUUGACCACAAGAGAAUUCAACUUUCAAAACAUAUAUUAGUAAUAGCCUGGGUAGCAGGCGUUUCAGUGCGGUGUUAGAGCAAAGAGUGUGAAACGAGAGUCAAAAACCGCGCGAAAAUGGGGCGAGUCAGAGAGGGGAUAUGGUUCUCGUUCCAUUUUUCGCGCGGCCAAAACCGAAAAUUCCGUUCCCCGUCGUUCUUUUCUUCCGAUUCGCAACUACACGAAAACGCUUGCUAUGCAGGCUAUAUUAGUAAUUGAACUGACGAGUUCGAAAGGCGUUAAAGUCGAUGAAUCCACAGCCCCCGCACUGACUAUGUUACUCACUGUGUUGUAAAUUACAAAAUUACAGUUAUUGCGGGCGACAAGAGGAGCCCGCAAUCCUAAUCUCCAGGCUGUUAUUACGCAUGCGUCACAUGUAUGUAGCCAGCAUUCAUUUGGACUUCCACUAAAAAUGAAUGGAAUAAACAGAACGCAGUUUGAUCACGCGUGUCUGGAUCAAUCUUCUAUCACUCGUAAUCUGAUCACGCGUGUUUUGACUAUCUGUCACCAAUGAAACUUACACAAAGGACAGCGAUGGAGCAAAAAACGUUUUGAUCUUCGAUCGUUGUAGCCCGCUCUCAUUAACCUUUGGUUAUUACUAGUUUUCUAACUAUUAACUUACAAAUUCUAUGUGGGAGCCUGCCACUUUGUAGUUUUACAUUGCUCGCCUUCUUUUAUUUUGACUAAACUGACCUAGGCUUCGCAACGAAAUCUUAAAAAGAAGGAUUUUAUUCUAAUGAUUCUGCCUGACCGAUUAGAAAGGACCUGAGGCAAACGUUAAUCCGAGUCAAGCGGAUGAGCUUGCUGGUCACCCAUAUGGCUUGUUUGUUAAAUAUAAAAUCAAGGUACGGGAACGAUAGAUAGAGUAGAGGAUAUAGAAUUGUUUCAGUGAGUAUUGAAAUUUUCAAAGAAUAAAAAGUGCAGUGGUUAAAAAGAAGAGCUAAGCCUCGUCUUUGUUGAAGAAGAACUGGUUAAUUAGUUCCUGCUAGAACGUUCCUUCAACAAAUGCGUCAAACCUUCAUGUAUUGGCUAAUAGGUAAAGUAUUAGUCAAAAUAAUAUUAAAUAGGCUACUUCAGGCAGGCAAUCAAUUUUUUUCAAUAGCCAUCGAAACAUUUUAGCGGAUAUUGAGGCUGUCAGUUUAAAAUGCCUUAAAAGACAACUCCUCAAUCAGCACGUUAAAGCAGCUGCUAUUCAUCGCUAUUCAAUACGGUUACACUGAAUUUGUCCAAUUCUACCCUCUAACAUCAUGCGUUCUCGCUUUUUAUAGCCCUUAAAUAUAUCAUCGGGGUUUCAGUCGCCGGACUUUACCUGUACUUCAAUGGACGGUUUGACAAGAUACACUUCCACAUCAAAUUGUCCUUAAUCAUUCGUAAUUGCACAUAUUUGACAGAGAAAGCUAGAGCACUUAAAGUUAAAGAGUAAGGUAGGCAGUUUUUUCUUCAUAGUUACUCAUGUUCGUUGUCUGAAUCCUCUUAAAUUUAGGGGCCGACCAUUCGACUUUUGAGGGGGGUAUGUGUGAUUUAGCUUAUGUAAUAAUUUUUUUUUGCCAAACCUCUGGUGAUAGAAUUUUUUCCUGACCUACAAUGGUGUAAGAUCUUUUACCCCAGCUUUAUACGCCAUGUUUUUCAGUGUAGGAUUUUUUUCGCCAGGUAACUCCUUGCAGUUUUUUCCCCUCGAAAUCAGUCUACAGGAUUUUUUUUUUCUGAAAUCACCCUGCCCCCCCCCCUCAAAAGUCAAAAGGUCAGCCCCUUAAGUUAAAACGAAAACAAUAUUUGCUUUUAGUAAUGUUACUUUUAAUCAAUUUGGCACUUUACGUAUAUGUUGGAUAUAAGCCGUGGCGGGCAUUUAGCAACGAAUGCGGCAUCCUGCGUCAUCUUUAUGGCGUCAUUUUUUGCCGCCUUUAACUUCUUUUUACUUGUGUUAUUGUAGUUACAGACUGAUAAGAACUAUAAUUGCAGGGUCUAAAAUAUUGCUUAAAAACAUUGAUAAUACUUGGUGAACAAUUAUUUCUGCUUUGCUGGAUCAGUUAAAGUUUUUAACUUCUAGCUUUAGGGAAAACUUUUAAAUUUUUAUAGUCUUGGUCCGUUUAAUACCUUGCAAAUGGGUGCAGAUGACUUAUCCCUGAAGUAUUGAGUUUACUACGAGCCAAGGGAAUUAAAUUGUUGAACAUAAAAGUUUUUGCUCGCUAAAACAAUGAUACAAGCUCGUUGAUUUCAAUUUGCAACGUUUACUACACUAAGAGGCGGUGUAUUCAAUUUGGCCCAAGGCUAUUUCUUACUUCUAUUAGAGCAAUCUGUACGAUUAUUGUAUAACCUUUGUGUCUUUGACACAAUUAGUUGUUAUUUUCUUGCUGUUUCGUUUAGUUUGAUUAAACUGUUGUAAGUUUUACUUAUACUUUACCAUAAGGCCAGAUUUAUUAAUCACUCUUGAGCAUAUUUGUAUACCAUAGAAUGUAAAUGGUGUUGGUCAAAAUGAAAUUCAGGUCAACAUGGUUUCAAAUGCAUGUAACCUAGUUUGAUUAUGAAUAACAGUUUUCUUUAAUGUUUCCAAACCCUAAUAAGUAAAAAUCAUGACCAGGUUAAAACCAUUUUGACCCGCAACAUAAACGUAGUGUUUUAUUGUAGACGUGCUGCAAGUCGACUCGCUUGUUCUCUGCAUUUUGGGACGAAAGCGUGGAUCAUGAUACCCCAAGGAUCGAACGCGGGGAGCAUGAAUCGGGGAAUAACGCUGAAGAACCUCAACGAGCGACUUUGAGCAAAUCCAAGUUUAAUAUCGUACAUUUCUGAAGUGAAUUUAUUAGUUUAGAAGAAUUAAACGUGUCGUAAAAAAAAGCUGGUGUAUUUUAUUACGCUGUCUUUAACAAAACAAGUCAGACCGAUCCACCGUUCAUGUUCUACACUAGCCUCGAUAACGUGCUAUUAAACUACGUUUACUUGGGUAAAAUUCUGUUCACAGUUGCCCCAUUUCAUUAUGGGAACAAAAAUUCCAUUUUUAAAAAACAGAAGAAAUUCUUCAGUAUAAAAAGUCCUCGUGACGUUUUCUUGUGAGGAAUGUUUGAGCGGUUUGCUUAAAAAGGUAAGAAAGAGAUUGACCUCUUCUUUAUGCCAAGUUUAUUUUCCAGUUUUCAUUCUGUAUACAAUUACACCACGAAAAUCUCCAUUUUACUUGAUGUUUCUCUUUUUCUUUUAUUGUAUCUUAUCUCGGUCUCCAGGAGCCCGGUUUUCAUAUUUUUCUUCCUAAAAAAACAUUGAUAAAAUACAAUUAAGAGAAUCAAAAAAAGUAGAGAUGGAGGCUAAAAUAAGGCGACGCCCAUGAAGAAAACGUUUCCCAUCGCCCUAGCGACCCAUUUUUUCUCAAAGUUUCUUGACCCUUAUUCGUACUACGUCUCAAACAAU